UGUAUAAUCUAUUCUGUUCAACAAGGAAUACUUCAUUCUCCAGAACCUUUUGCAGCAAAUUAUACUUCAUGAAAUGCUUAUAUCUACAAGAUAACUCUUAUACCUUGAGGGCAUCACCUUCUAGAAUCCCUGGUAUAUUCAUUGGCAGAAAACUACCAAAUUAUCUUCAGGAUAAACAUGCAGACAAUGAAUGUGGCAAAACCAAAUCAACUGUUAACUAUUUUUUUUCUCUUUGAAAUGUCAGUAUUUGGUCAAUAUGAGAGUGAUGAUUUUGAGGAUGAAUACGAACAUGAAGUAGAUAGUGAAUAUCCAUCUAUUUUUCAUCAAAUUCCUCAUGUAGAAUAUAACAUUCCAUACUCCACCAUACCUGCUGAGUGUGCAAAAGAAUGCUUCUGUCCAUCUACUUUCCCAGCAUCCAUGUACUGUGAUCAUCGCAAGCUUCUGACAAUACCAAAGAUUCCUGCUCACAUCCAACAACUUUAUCUGCAGCAUAAUGAGAUUGAAUCUGUGCCUCUGGAAUCCUUUGUUAAUGCCACAGCUUUGAAAGAAAUUAAUCUUAGCCACAACAAAAUCAAGUCUCAUAAGAUUGACAAUGAUGUAUUCGUCAAACUCGCAAACCUCAUACAACUUCAUUUAGAGUAUAAUCAGCUAGAAGAAAUUCCAUUCCCAUUACCUGGAAGCUUAGAAAGGUUGAUCCUGGGUUUCAAUCAAAUUUCCAAGUCAGACAGCAAAGCCUUUGAAGGUUUAAUACAUUUAACAAUGCUUGACCUCUGUAAUAAUUAUCUUGAGGAUUCCCAGCUCAAAGGAAUAGACUUUUCAAGUAUGAGAAACCUAAUGCAGAUUAACCUUUGUAACAACAAGCUACAGUCUGUGCUUCCAGAUCCACCACCUUCACUGAUGUAUCUUUCACUUGAAAAUAAUUCCAUUUCUUCCAUUCCAGAUAAUUACUUCCACAAGCUUUCAAAUCUUACUGUUUUAAGAAUGUCACACAAUAAUCUUGAAGAAAUUCCUUAUAAUGCUUUUAUGCUCUCUAAUCUUCUGGAACUUAAUCUUGGGCACAACAAAUUGAAACAAAUUUUCUAUAUUCCAAGAACCCUACAACAUUUAUACUUAGAAGAUAAUGAAAUAGAAGUCAUGAAUGUUACUUUAAUGUGUCCUACUAUUGAUCCGCUGAACCUCAAACAUUUAACUUACAUACGAGUGGACCAAAAUAAGCUUACAGCUCCAAUCAGCACCUAUGCAUUCUUCUGCUUUCCACUUGUGCGUAGCAUUUAUUAUGGAGAACAAAAAAUUAGCAAAGAUCAGCAAACACAACUGAGAACCCCUGUGUUCCGAAGAUUUCUAACUCCAGAAGAAUUUGAAGAAGCAGAAGAUUUUCAUGAAGAACAAGAUAACAGUCAUGAUCACGAAUCCAGAGAAACUGACAAUAACAACUACCUGGAUCCUUACUUCUAUUAACAAUUUUAAAAGGUAGUAAUACUAUUAAACAAACAAACAAAAAUAUCAAGUAUAAAAGAAAACGUAACAAACUGGAAAAUGCAGUAAACCACCUGAAGCCAAUCAAUAUAAUUUUGUAGCAUAUAGAAACUAUUUUUACAUAGAAAAUCUCAAUAGCCAUUAAAAUCUUAGAUUUUAGAUCUUCAAACUAUUAAUAGCAGACUAUGAAGACAUUUUAAAUAUCAUAGAAACAUUUAGGUGAAAAAAACAAAUGCAAUGACAAUGUUGUUUGUAUAAUUUUGAUAUGGUAAUGAUAAUGUCUAAAUCCUGAUAUAUUUAAAACUGCAAUAUAACAGACUAAUGUCAUCUAAACUACAUCUUAUUUUUAGUUUGAAUAAAUAAUUAGAUUAGGCUUGCAGCAAAACCAUUGCAAUACUAGAUUUAAAAAUCUCUUGGUAUUUCAGUUAUCAAGCAUUAAACCAUUAUGGUUUAUGCAUGUAGGUAUGUGUCUGUGUAUAAACUUAAUAUUCGUGAAAAAAUUCAUAUUUUGCCAAAUUCACUUCAUAAAUAUGAAAUUAUUCAGGGAGCUAUCCACUGUCAGAAGAAUAAAUUGAAGUUAAUACUAUACUCAAGUGAAACAGAUGGUGAGUAGGUAAUAAUUCACUUAAAAAACAUAAAUUGAAUCCAAAGAUGUUUAAUUAUAAUAUGAAUAAUAAAAAGAUCAGCCAUCUUUUCAGUUGACAGGACAUUCAAACAUAAAAUGAAAACUGACUAAAAUCAAAUUUCACAUAAUUUUACUAAUUUUAUUCCUUACUAUCUUUACCUACUAAUUUUACAAAGAUACUUUACUAUCUUUGCUCUCUCGUGAAAAAUAAUAAAACAUUCAUCCUGCUGCAAAACAUUUCAAGAGAUUUUGUCUCAUUAUCAUCAUCACCUAUAUUAUUUUAUUUUAUUGCCUACAGGCAUUAUUUACCUUUUGCGUUACAUAAAAUCAUUGUUGAUGUCAUGAGUACCACCAAUCGUUCACUUGCUACAAAGUACAUUUCAAGUACAUUUAAUGAGUAACUUAUGUUUGUUACAGAAUAUAAAUUAUUUAGAAUGCAAUAUACAUUAAUGAAACUAUCACUAAACAAUACACAGACAUAUAUUGCAACAUAGGGCAAAAAUCAUCACACUUGGCUUAUAUUCACUUCAUCAACAAUACAAGGCUAUUGUGGUAUUUUAAAUCAACAUUCACAUUUAUUUUGCCUUCAUAUAUGGAUUUUAAUCAGAUAGGUAACAAUAAAUAUUUAAAUAUAUAUUGUGUUUAUAAAGGUAUAAGAU